CCAUUGGCUGUUUGAUGACGACUCCAAGGUGAGAUUAAAUGUGACGUCCUAAAUUCCAAGUGCCGUUAAUUUUAAAGUAUGUGUUUAGUGCGCCAUGGAGCGAUUUGUUUGGGCAACGCGCUAUCGCCCCCCUAUCGAAUGUCCCCAGUGCAUACAGAACCGUCCGGUUGUGGUUCAGGAGUGCAUUAUGUAAUUGAGCGUCUGGUGCAACGCGCCACCUCGGGUUUCAUAAUUUCAAGGAAUUUACAUUUGGUUUAGAUCGUGUUGUGUCGUCGGGAUUAGGUUACACCUAUCGACUGUAGACCUAUUAAACAAGAUAUACCACAUCAAUAACAUGGACUACAGGUCUCGACAUGCAACAAUAUAGGUAUUUGAAAGUGUUUUUUAAACGAUGACAUUCAAAUUAACCUCAAAUUGUGUAACAGCUUGUAGGUUCGUGCAAAAGUCAAAUGUAUGUGUUAUAUAAAGUAUUAGUUUUAGUAGCUUCAGUUUAGGACAGACAAUUAUAGGCGUAUUUUCGAUAGUCCACCACGCCAUCUGCCUGGUGAAUACGUGUAAUUACAUGUCAUAAAUAACCUUGAAUUGACAAAGUAGCAUAUGAUCAUCUUCACCUUCAUCACCCAUUUAAAUACAUUUGAAAACAUACAGCUUACAAUAUGUCCACACAUCAUGGUAUGAUCAAAUCUGACCUGUUGACAUUAUUUAUUAUGAGUCAUGCAGAAGUGUAAAUGCAAUUUAAAAUGGGUUAUGAAGUGGGAAAUCAGUGUAAAAUUGGUUCUGAAUCAGCUAAUUAAAAUGUGUAGUGAAAUAAAACAUAUAUUAUUAUAGUAUCCUUUCUGUUACUGGCCCAAUGCUGUAGCCACUAUGCUACCUUUAGCCCAUACUGGUGUGGAGUUGUAUGGGCUUCAACUGUUCUCCAUGUUCUACUUGAGCAUGGUUUUGAGUAAUAGCAAACAGGCACAGUGAUGUUCCAUAGUCAUAAACCCCAACCCUACUAACAUGACAUUAUGGCAUGGGUAAUCUGUGUAGCCUAUGUAAUGAGAAAUUGAAGAUCACUAAAGAUAAUAUUUAGAUUUACUGUAUAGAUGUGAGCAUGACUGCUGCAGCUAGAUAGGGCUGGGCUAUACUGUAUAAAAUAGGCCACGUUAAAGUUCAGAAGAAGCAUGAUGAAUGAGUUUUUGAUUAAAUUAAUGUUAAGUGGAGAAUGAAAUACAUCACAAUCUGUUAUCACCACAUCUGUGUGGGAAUAACAAUGGAAAAAGCAUAAGAGCAGAGGAAAAAAACACAUGUAUCUUAUUCAUGUAUCUGCACAGAUACAGUGCCUUCCAGAAGUACUUGGCCAGUGAAGUAAAAAAAAAAAGAAGAGAAAUUAAUAUCAGGUAAAAAAAUAGCCUAUAGAAAGUAUUUCCUAUACCUAUCGGAGGACCCCCAUUUAGCAAGAUAUGAGUCUAGCUCAAGCAGGCUAUUGAGCUCCCCAAAUAUUGUUUGACUUCCCUGGCGAGAUAUUUUUGGAGGUCAUAGUUUGCAACUGCAUUGCCACAUUGCUAUGAAUACAUGCACAUACUAUUUUAGAGUACCCUUUUCAAGGAGACCAGAAGUAGCUUGAUUGUGACAAUGUGAAUGCAAGACAUUGCUCCUUUAUAGGGCUUCUGAGGAUGGGGACCAGGGGCUCAUGACAGAUUGAGGUUAAUGAGCUAAUAUAGGUUUAAUUUGGUCUCUGGCAUAUAAACAAAAACGAAAAUAAAUGCAGUCCUUUAAAAUAAAAUAAAAGGACUGAAAUUCAUAUGAUUUGAUUAAUUUAUUCACUGUUUUCAGUGAGAUUAUUUUAAAUAGCCUUGGAUUUUUAUUAAUGCCAUAAAUUGGCUGUAUUUGCAGAACUAAUUUAGUUUAGUUGCGUAAAUUCCCAAUUAAAUAAUCACUUAAUCAAUCGUAGCCUCUAGUUUCCAGGUAAGAAGAGAAUUGGUCCUCAUCAUUAGUUUGAGCGGUCUCUCUUCAGGGCAACGCUUGAAAAAUUCGGAGUUCCAUUUGAUGCAGUCGUGCACUUUAUCACGACCCCGUGGAGUGUGAACUAGCAACCGACCUACCUGGCAAGAUUCUCGACACCUCUUAGUAACGACUAUAAUGGACAAAAGUAGCCAGCUCACUAGUCAAAGUCUAUAGAAUAUAGUCGACAAAUGCUGGUGUUAAAGCCACGUAGCUAUGCUAAUGUAUUUCAAAAAUCAAGCUUGCUAGUUGCAACCGCAACUUUUAUCCAAGUAGUAGCAAGCUAGCAGUGAAGCACCCCUCGCUAACUUGGGUAUUUCUUGCUAGCUAGCUUUCUGGGUGGUUGGUUAAUAUUCAAGAGAGCCACACAACAGCUUUUUGGUCACCCGUCAUAUUUUUUGGAGCAAGCUAACUAUAUGAACUAAUUUAAUAAUAAAGCAGUCUUUAGCUGAUUAGUUGACCAAUUUAACCAGUUGGACAUCAUAGUUUCGUCCAGCUAGCCAGCAGCUUAGCUAGCCAACUCGCUAACGUUACUUUGUUCGCUAGCUAGCAAACUAGCAAGGUGCUGCUGACGAUAGCCAGACAGUAGCUAGCCGAAAUUCAAAGAGUUCAGUUGCUCUUUCUCCAUUUAAAAAAUGCCUGCAAUGAUGGAAAAGAGUGGCUCAGACAUGUCUGGGAAAAGAAGGGGUAGGAAUGCAGUGAAUAAUCCAAACAAAAGUUUUUCUACAAAUGGAAAUGGCAACAAUUCAUGGGAAGAAGGAAGUUCGGGCUGUUCCAGUGAUGAUGAGCAUGGUAUUGGUGGUAUGAGAGUUGGGACUCAGUAUCAAGCUCUUGUGCCAGACUAUGAUCCAGAGAUUGCCAAAGUGGCCGAGGAGAGGGACAACUUGGGCAUGCGGGUGUGGAUCCCCAGUCGGAACCUGGCCGAAGCUAAAUUGGAUGAAUACAUUGCAAUUACCAAAGAGAAGCAUGGGUACAACAUGGAGCAGGCACUGGGGAUGCUUUUCUGGCACAAGCACAACAUUGAGAAGUCUCUGGCAGAUUUGCCCAACUUCACACCUUUCCCAGAUGAGUGGUCAGUGGAGGACAAGGUCCUGUUUGAACAGGGUUUUAGCUUCCACGGAAAAACUUUCCACCGUAUACAGCAGAUGUUGCCUGACAAGUCCAUUGCCAGCUUAGUUAGAUUUUACUACUCUUGGAAGAAGACACGGAGCAAAACCAGUGUCAUGGAUCGCCAUGCACGCAAGCAGAAGAGGGGACGAGAAGAGAGGUAUGAAAAUGAGAAUGAGGCUGAGGAGACCAAUGGUAACACUCCAAGGGAUGUAGUGUACGAACCAAAUAAGGACGAGAAGAAAGAGCUGGGUGCUGCACCUGAGAAACAGGAGAUAAAACCAGUACCAGUGGUACAGAGGCCGAAUACUAGUAUGGCAGAGAAACUGACCCAAGUCAAGAAAGAACCCCAGGGUCCUCCAGGGAAGAACCAGCAUCGUGCUAAAAAGAAGCCUCCUAAAGGAAUGCACCUGAGCCAGGGAGACGUAGCUGCUAUGUCCACCAGCCCCCCUGCUGCAGUCGGUGUGCUGAGGCAAAUCGACAUGGAGCUGGUUGCCAUCAAACGGCAGAUCCAGAGCAUCAAACAGAAUAACAGUGCUCUGAAGGACAAGCUUGACAUAGGAGUGGACCACUUCAGAGUACCUGAGGUGACCCAGAAGUUCAACACUCGCUGGACAACAGAGGAGCAACUGCUUGCUGUACAAGCCAUAAGAAAAUAUGGGCGGGACUUCCAGGCUAUCUCGGACGUGAUUGGCAACAAGUCAGUGGUGCAGGUGAAGAACUUCUUUGUUAACUACCGCCGACGCUUCAACCUGGAUGAGGUGCUGCAGGAAUGGGAGGCUGAGCACGGGAUGGAGGGAGCAGCCAAGGGAGGAGAGGAUGAGAAAAUGGACAUAUCUUCUACUGGAGCCACCACCCCUGUGGUGCCAGAGGAUCAAAAAGAGGAAUCAUCGCCAGUGGCGGCAAAACAACCUCUGGCAUCCUGAGUGGUCGGCCAUCUUGGAUUUUUCUGUUGGCCGAACUCCUCCCUCUGAGAUUUUACUUUUGUGCUGAAGAGGCGAUGAUUAAUCUGCACAGGUUACAUCCUGUCUGUGUGCUUCUUCAAGAAGGUCAUUCCUGUUACCUCUUCCCCAAUUCAAGAAUGUUUUGCAGCUGCCCACCAAUUAACUCAAGCGCCAUUCUUCAGCCGGUCUGACAGUCAAAGUAACCAGGAUUAUCUGACUGCACUUUAUCCCAUCACUGUUUUUGUCACCUUGGUGAGAAGGAAAACAUCUGUAUCAAAUGUAACUUGUUUUUGUAUCUGGCCUCUCUUACCCUGUCACUCAACAUUACAGAUGAUCCCUGUGAUCUAGACCACAUUACACAUUUUUCAUUUUAUCCUUCUGUAACCCUCUUUACUUUGUAAAGACUGGUUUUGGUUGUGUAGUAUUUAAUCACAAUAGGUCUCAUUAUGAAAUGACCCUGUGGAUUACUAUCCUGUCAUUCUGUGUGCUUGAUGAAGAUGUCUUUGUACACCAGGCAGACAUAAAGAAAAAACACCCCAAUGAAUACCAUCGCAGUGUUGGAGAUGGGGUGAGUCAGGCGAGUUGUACCCCGACACAGGGCGUAGAAUGAGAGGAUGGCAUUUCCACAGUAACAUUUCAUAUUGAGACCCAGUGCAAGUUGAUACUACACAACCAUUUCUAUUUGUCUUCUUCCUCCCUAACCUUUUGUCUGUGACCCUAGUGCAUAUUUAUAAAUAAUGCAUUAGUUGUUGUAAUUAAUGUAAGUAACUUUAAAUAGGAGCUGUUAAACAUUGUGAGGAUGUCCAUUUUCAGUUUACUAGUAACCUCAGGACAAUCGGGUCAACACAAUUUAUGUUAUGAAUUUUUCAGUUGAAAGGACCGUUGAAUGAGAAGUUAAGUACAUGAAUGAGAGAAUUUUGAUAUUUUAAUUUAUACAGUGAGUUUGAAAUGUGUUAUUUGUCAGUUCAAACCUGGUCCCUUUCGCAACAACCUGCCUAUUCUAUUCAACUGUUUUUAAUGUACUGAUACCAUGAUUUAGCUUACUGUUUUGAAACUUUUUUUUAUAUAUAUUUGAAGAAAUUGUGAAUGCCUGAGGUGGGGUUUUAAUGUGUGUACAUUUUAUUGCUGUCAUUUACCAUUGUGUAUUCAGUUUGCUCAUUAAUUAACCAUAAAUAAAUUUGAAGGAUUUAUAGGGACAUUUAAAA